AUGAAAUUUCUCAGGCAGGAGCAGUGGGACAAGAUCGUGUCUUCGCUCACAGGUUCUGGAUCAGUAGCAGCUCCACGCCUGAUUGCUCUUGCCAUUACGGAAGCAACGGAAGGAGCGGCUGGGCGCAGCUCAACAAAGCCCUUUGAAGAAGGAACAUACGCUUUCAAGUCCCUACGUGACGCGGAAUCCAAUUGCAAGGAAACAGUCGAUUACUGGAAGGCUGCCUUCAAAAAUUUUACUGGGCUUCCGCCACCAAAUAGUAAAGACGAAAACCCGUACAAAAGUCAAGACAACAUUUCUUUUGUAGCCCUCUACAAACCUUCAUCUAGUGCCACUGCAGACUGCCGAGUCGUUACCUGCAUUCAAACGACUACCUCUACUCCAGUUGACGGAGUGGGGUCAACUUAUGUGGGAGGCGGUACUACGAAAAAUGGCUAUGCGUUGAUUUGCAAGACGAUGCCUGCUGCUUUUGGAACUGGCAGCUCUGCUCCAUUCACGCAGGAGCAGUGGGACAGGAUCGUACCUUCUCUCACAGGCACUGCAUCGAUACCAGGUCCAAGCUUUGUUGCUCUUGCGAUUGUGAUAUCCGGCAUUACGGCUUUCAUAUGA